UAUAGUUACUAACUUCCCUCAUUCCAGGCACCAUGUUGAAGGCAACCAUACUGUUGUGUUUGGCGGCUAUGAGUCAUGGGGCAUUCGUUUCCAUGCGCCAACUCGCUAACCACCCCCACUUAAGGUCCACUGGUGGGAAUGAAGCACUCAUAUCCAGGCUGGCUGAGCAAAGUGAUGUCGUCAUCCCGUACUACGAAACAUUACAGAAGGUAGAACAAGUCCGAAAAUUGAUAGAACAACACAUCAACUUUGUUCAGAUACCACAGCUUGGUGACCCUAAUCGUCAUUACGUCGUGCUCUUAGGAGUCAUUCACCACAUGAUAAACGCUAUCGCUGAAUCUUGCACCGUUGACCCAGUGAAGUACGAUCAAGAUUAUAUGACUCUUGUUGAGGAAGGUUUGACAAAUGCCUGGAAUGAUCCCAAGGAAACGGCUGACAGCAUACGCCAUAUCAUGGACUUGUCCGCACAACAAACACAACAUGUCACCUCAUUAAUUCAGGUGUUAUGCGGUGAUAAUAACGAAUCACCGCUGCUAUGCAACUUGGUUAUCUCCAAAAUAUUUAACAAACCAUCAGAAAAACAAGAGACGAAAAUCCUACUCAAACUAGGCACAGUGGCGACUCUGUUUGGUGAUGUUUCGUCGAAUUUGGAAGAGGUCGCUAACCACCAACAAGAGAUCAGCUUUCUUCUAGAUCCAGCGACUAAAGAGCUCUUAAAACCCCUCGUAUUAUCUGCUGUCGAUGCUAGGCUGGAUUUAGAUGUAGACAGAAAUUGUGGGAACAUCUCUGCCUAUCCUGUUUCUCUACCGCGUGUAAGCAGCAAACGUUACAAAGGGUUGCAAUCUUUGCACCCUUCUCUCAUGUCUCGACGUAAAAAUUUGGGGUAGGAAAUAAAUGAUUUAAAAAUA